GGUAGCACUUCCCUUUGCCUGCACGAGCGCAAACAAGCUAACUUCAGUUAGUAUUACUCACAUCGUUGGCACCCUUCGAGUGAGAGCACAGAUCAAAUUACUUACGUGUUAAUAGCGCUCUAGGCUGCGGCUCAUGUUAGUUUCGCUUCUAUUACUACUCGUCGCACUGGUACCCUAGGUUUGUCAUCGAGACUGUAAAUCCCUGAGCGCUAAUAAGUGUGGUGCUUUGAAACUAGCAUGGCCAUCAUUAAACUAGCCCGGUUCUCCAGAUUGUACGCAGGACGCUCUUUGAUGAGGAACUCAACAUCCAAUAUACCACGAGUUGGUGGACACACGUCCCAAACAGCCACAGUUACUUCAACUGUACGGACAACCUGGGUCGACCGUCUUCCACCAAAAAUAAUCGACAAGCCGAUUGGGACCCUGUUACUAUUUUACCCAUGCGCAUGGUCCAUAACCAUGGCCUCAUAUGCCUUAGAGGCACCAUUGACGACGCCUUUGACAUAUCUCGGCCUAUUUGGCCUUGGAGCAAUGGUCAUGCAUGGUGCAGGUUGCACCAUCAAUGACAUGUGGGAUAAAAAUUUAGACAAAGCAGUAGAGAGAACACGAAGUAGACCACUUGCGAGAGGUGACAUCAGCCAAAGACAGGCACUGGUGUUCUUAGCUGGGCAGUUGUCAGUGGGACUGGGAGUUUUGUUACAACUGAAUUGGUACAGCAUUCUCCUCGGAGCUUCAUCUCUGUCUUUGGUGACUGUAUACCCGCUCAUGAAAAGAAUCACCUACUGGCCGCAAGCGGUACUAGGACUCACUUAUAAUUGGGGAGCUUUGCUUGGCUGGUCUGCCGUAGCCGGAGCAGUCAACUGGAGUGUUUGUCUCCCUCUAUACGCAGGUGGAGUCUGCUGGACUCUUGUAUACGACAGUAUAUAUGCGCAUCAAGACAAAGCAGACGACGUAAAUGUCGGUAUCCAUUCAACCGCCCUGCUCUUUGGAGAGCAGACCUGCCCAAUUCUUGGCGCGCUCUCGACAUCAACCAUCUCUCUCAUUGGUCUUGCAGGUGUUCUCAACGCUCAUGGAGCGCCUUUCUAUCUUGGCCUCGGCCUCGGGGCUACCCAGCUCGCACGUGUUCUUUGGAGAACAGACUUUGAGAGUCGCCCGAGUUGCUGGGAAGGGUUCAUUGGAUGUGGUUGGUCUGGAUUCUGGAUAUGGAUGGGAGCUCUGGCAGAUUAUGCGGUCCUGAUUUUGGGUCUUACAUGAUGGUUGUCAUGUAUACGUAUAAAUAUGCUGAGUACAUGGUAUGCUCAUCCUAGCCUCGGAUCCUCUCCGAUUCCUGAAAGAAGCUUUCAUUCGGUCCGUCCUCAAUGUCAAUCCAGGUCCUUGACUUUGUGUUGGCAGGCUGAGCCAAUCCAAGUGACAACGCGGCGUGUUACUCGUCAAAGCUGACAUGCUUCAACUGCGCUGUCGUGUGACCCGCAACAUGGGGUAGACACUGCGUUGCGCCCCCUUGUCUCUAAU